AUGCCCGGGGCCGAUAUGGAAUUCCUGCGCAUCUUGCGCGGGGAGCAAGCGGCUUCGAAGACAUCCCCAAUGGCUCAUGAGACUUACCAGGAGUGGCGGGACAACCUAGUCAAGGAAACACCGGCUGAUGUUACGAUCGUCGUCAAUCGAGACAGUUGUGAGGCGUCUUGCCUCAUACCCCGAUGCUUUGCUGUCGGCGGGUCGGUCAAGAUCAAGGAAGAGCUUCAAAAUGCGCAAAACACCAAGUCCAUCGUCUCAAUCGAUGGUUUCGAGUAUAUCGUUGUCGAGAUGGUGGUGCAGUAUCUCAUGAAGACCGAAUACAACCUGGAUGAACAGCAGAAGCUCGAGAAUUACACAUUGGAGCACCUCAAGAAGGCGACCAAGGACUCUGACGAUGGCACUAUCACUGUGAAGGUGGAGAGCAGUCUGACGGAGCUUCAUGUCAAAGUUUACCUUUGCGCGACAUAUCUGAAAGCAAGUGUACUUCAAAAAGUCGCGUUCCGGAACAUUCGAGCGACCAUCCGCCAAGAGCGUCCGACCGCCGAACAAUUUGUGGACGUCCUGGAAAAGCACAAGCUAUUUGAUCGACCAGAGCCUAUCGACGAAGGAUUCCUGUGUAUGAUCGCGACAUACGGAGCAUCGCAGAGGUCUCGCUGGCUUAAAGAAGGCGGUAGCAAGUACCUUGACUUCCUAGGCCACUCGCCGCGAUACGCAAUGUACGAGGCGAUGGCCGAGAGGAGCUUUCUCAUCACUCCCGCUCAUAAGACUGCGUCCAACAAGCGGAAGCUUCCGGACACUUCGCUGGAAACAUCAGCUUCAAAGACCCGAGCUACCAACCCUGAACAAGACGAGCGGAAACCGGCCUUUCGUCCGUUCUUCAACACCCCAAGUUCGCGCAACCAGAACCAAGCAUAUGUCGAAGACCAUGAAGAUGACAGUUUCGUUCCCCACGAUGCGUCUAACAGCCCGCAAGGUCCUGGAUGGCGUCGCCCACGGACCGCCGGUAAUCGAGGAGGUGAAGAGCACACCAACAGCAAGAACGACGACGCGACCGAAGAAGGCGACGCCACUAUCACGGAAUUCACUACCGCUACGGAGGAACUCGACGCAUCAUCAUCGCACAGGAUCUCAGCGGAUGAGAAUGUCGGUGAUUCCACCAUCAUAUCCCUCAUCGAUUCGACCGAGGACAGUAUCGACCUAGAUACCAGCCGUGGAGAGUUCAGCUUCCAAGAACAGGAUACUCUGACUAGCGUUCCUGCCAUUCAAGGUCUCCAUGUCUCUGCCCCUAACGCAGCCCAAGUACCGUCUGGUCUGCCACAGACUGGAGGUGGUGAAGUCGAGACGAAGGAGGAUGUCACCAUGAUCGACGCGUCUAAGGAUCUCGACAACGUCGAAGUCACCGAUAAGCAGGAGCAGUAG